UUUGUCGAGUGAUGGGUAGAUGAGACCUCGUGAAGCGUUGCGGCACAUUAACCAAACUGCGUCGGGACUGUGUCGUAGUGUUGCUCAAUACUGACACCGGCUGGAUCUUAAAAGGGUGGAUAUUGAAGCCCAGAUGACCAUUUUUGCAUAUUACUAUAUCGGAAUUGGCGUUGGGGUUCUGUUUCUGAGUUAUUUUCAAAUUGUCCUAUGGGUGUUGGCCGCUGCAAGACAGACACAGAAAAUCCGCAUGAUUUAUUUCCGAAAAGUAAUGCAAAUGGAAAUCGGAUGGUUUGACUGCAACUCUGUUGGCGAACUGAACACCAGAUUAUCCGAUGACAUCAACAAAGUCAACCAUGCCAUUGCUGACCAGGCGUCUAUCUUCAUCGAGAGGAUCUCCACCUUUGUGUUUGGCUUCAUGGUGGGCUUCAUUGGCGGCUGGAAGCUGACCUUGGUUGUCAUUGCCGUGAGCCCCCUGAUUGGCGUAGCUGCUGGACUGAUGGCUAUGGCUGUGGCCAAGCUGACAGGGCGAGAGCUGAAGGCCUAUGCAAAGGCAGGGGCAGUGGCUGACGAAGUCCUAUCUGCCAUCAGAACAGUGGCAGCGUUUGGUGGUGAGAAAAAGGAGACUGAGAGGUAUGACCGAAACCUUGUGGAAGCCCAGAACUGGGGAGUUAAAAAGGGUGCGAUCAUCGGAAUCUUCCAAGGAUAUCUGUGGUGCAUAAUUUUCCUUUGUUAUGCUUUGGCCUUUUGGUACGGCUCAAAGCUGGUCAUUGACACCAAGGAGCUCUCUCCGGGGGCUCUUAUUCAGGUGUUCUUUGGAGUACUGAUAGCGGCCAUGAAUCUGGGCCAGGCUUCACCUUGCCUGGAGGCCUUUGCUUCAGGCCGUGCAGCUGCAAAGACCAUCUUUAAAACCAUCGACAGGGAACCACAAAUCAACUGUUUUUCAGAUGAUGGGUAUCGGUUAGACAGAGUGAAAGGUGAUAUCGAAUUCCAUAAUGUUGCAUUCUACUACCCAUCACGACCUGAAGUCAAGAUUUUAAAUGAUCUAAGCAUGCAGGUGAAAGCGGGUGAAACCACUGCUUUUGUUGGACCAAGCGGAUCAGGAAAGAGCACAGCAGUCCAACUCAUCCAAAGGUUUUAUGACCCAGAGGACGGAAAGGUGACUUUGGAUGGCCACGACAUCCGAAGUUUGAACAUCAAAUGGCUACGGUCGCUUAUUGGCAUUGUAGAGCAGGAGCCGGUGCUGUUUGCCACAAGCAUUGCAGAAAACAUCCGCUUUGGCAAACCUGGCGUAACCAUUGAGGAAAUAAUCCAGGCAACCAAAGAGGCCAAUGCCUAUGAUUUUAUUAUGGAUCUUCCACAGAAAUUUGACACUCUGGUGGGAGAGGGUGGUGGUCAGAUGAGUGGGGGACAGAAGCAGAGAAUUGCUAUUGCUCGAGCUCUGAUCCGGAACCCCAAGAUCCUGCUCCUGGACAUGGCCACAUCGGCCCUGGACAAUGAAAGCGAAGCUGUUGUCCAGAAGGCUUUGGACAAGGUGCGUGUGGGCAGGACCACAAUCUCCAUAGCCCACCGCCUGUCGACUAUCAGGAAAGCUGAUGUCAUCAUUGGAUUUGAACGUGGACAGGCUGUGGAGAAAGGAACCCACAGCCAGCUACUGGAAAAGGAAGGUGUCUACUUUACCCUGGUCACCCUGCAGAACCAAGGGGUAUCAAACACAGCUCAUGCUAGUGUCAGUGGCGAUACUGAGGAAAACUUUGAAUUAAAAGUGAGGAGUUUUAGCCGGGGCAGCAGCAGAUCCAGUAAAAGGAGCUCAGUUCGACUGCGAUCUCAGAGCAACUUGUCCAAUGAUUAUGGUCCCGACAUUGUACCCAACAGCUUCAGCAUUCUGCCCAGCCAGAUCAUCAUUCCAGACACUACAGAGUCUGAGGAAGAUGAAGACGAGCAUCCUGAGACUGCUCCAGUUGCACGGAUCCUCAAGUACAACAAGUCAGAGUGGCCGUACAUGCUGCUAGGCUCUCUGGGAGCUGCUGUCAAUGGCUCUGUGAACCCCAUCUAUGCUGUCCUGUUUAGCCAAAUACUUGGGACCUUUGCCUUAAGUGACGUGAGCGAGCAGAGGGAGCAGAUUAACGGAAUAUGCAUUCUGUUUUGCGUCGUGGCAGUGACAAGUUUCUUCUCGCAGUUUUUACAGGGAUACUCCUUUGCAAAGUCAGGAGAAUUGCUGACACGCCGCUUAAGGAAAUUAGGCUUCCAUGCUAUGCUGAAGCAAGAGAUCGGCUGGUUUGAUGACCUCCGAAACAGCCCUGGCGCUCUGACCACCAGACUGGCCACUGAUGCCUCCAUGGUUCAGGGGGCAACAGGGUCUCAGAUUGGCAUGGUCGUCAACUCCCUGACCAACAUCGGGGCCUCUUUCAUCAUCGCCUUCUACUUUAGUUGGAAGUUAACGUUGGUUAUCAUGUGCUUCCUGCCUCUCAUUGGGCUCUCUGGACUCUUCCAAGCCAAAAUGCUCACAGGUUUUGCAAAUGAAGACAAGAAAGCCAUGGAGGAUGCAGGCCAGGUGUCUGGUGAAGCGCUUGCCAACAUCAGAACCAUCGCAGGUUUGGCCAAAGAGAGUUUCUUUGUGGAUUCUUACGAGCAGAAGCUUGAGUUUCCUUACAAAUCUGCCAAGAAGAAAGCCAACAUCUACGGGCUCUUUUUUGGCUUGUCCCAGUGUGUCAUCUUCAUGGCGUACGCAGCUUCCUUUCGAUAUGGGGGCUACCUGGUUAGCUCAGAGGGGCUGCAAUACAUGAUCGUUUUCAGGGUGAUAACAGCUGUAGUGAUCAGCGGGACAUCACUCGGUAGAGCUUCAUCUUUCACGCCAGAUUACGCCAAAGCCAAGACUGCCGCAGCUCAGUUGUUCAAACUUUUGGAUCGGACGCCUAAAAUAAGCCUCAGCAGCACAGAUGGAGAGAAAUGGGAGGACUUCAAGGGUGAAAUCAAGUUUGCCAGUUGUACGUUCACCUAUCCGACACGUCCGGACGUGUGCGUGCUGAAGGGCCUGCUGGUUUCCGUGAAGCCCGGUCAGACGUUGGCGUUUGUGGGAAGUAGCGGCUGUGGGAAAAGCACCAGCGUUCAACUCUUGGAGAGGUUCUACGACCCUGAUGAAGGGCAAGUGUUGAUCGACGGCCGCCCAUCUCGGUCCAUCAACGUGCCCUUCCUGAGAUCUCAGAUCGGCAUCGUGUCCCAGGAGCCUGUCUUGUUUGACUGCAGCAUAGCGGAAAAUAUUCAGUAUGGGGACAACACACGACACGUCAGCAUGGAGGAGAUUGUUGAGGCGGCCAAGAAAGCCUACCUUCAUGACUUUGUGAUGACGCUACCACAUAAAUAUGACACCCAGGUGGGCGCACAAGGCUCCCAGCUCUCAAGAGGACAAAAACAACGUAUUGCCAUCGCCAGGGCUAUCGUACGAAACCCCAGGAUCCUGCUUCUAGAUGAAGCCACUUCUGCUCUGGACACAGAGAGCGAGAAGAUCGUCCAGUCUGCGCUGGAUAACGCAAGGAAAGGUCGAACAAGCAUCGUCAUUGCUCACCGCCUCUCCACCAUCCAGAACGCUGACAUCAUUGCGGUGAUGUCGCAUGGCGCGGUCAUAGAACAAGGAACACACCAUCAACUGAUGGCCAAGACCGGCGCCUACUACCAGCUAGUCACAACUGGAGCUCCAAUCAGCUAGAACCGCAAAGUAGGACUGAUGAGUGGUUCCUUUAUUUACAUUUUCAUCAUCAUCAUUAUUUUUAUUU